GUUUCUCUGGAGGGAAGCUGGGGAGGCUAUAGCGGCUUGGGAGACCAUUAAACUUUAAAGAUAACUGGAUCUGUGGGACUAUAAGUGUGGGAGCCCUAGUGGAUGGCAAGGCAGGCAAAUACAGCAGGAAACUUUUGCUGAGCCUCUAACGCCGUCUCAAAAUGACGGAAGUCGUGGAGGAAUAUGAGGAAUAUGUGGAAUAUGAGGAAGAGGAGGAGGAGGAGGGGGAGGAGGAGUUUAUCGAGGAGUAUGUUGAGCAGAUAACAACCACGACUGGCACUGAGCACACAACUCAGUUCUCGCAGUCUGGCAUGCCCGUUAGGAAGGUCAGGAAGAAGGUCAAGGUGGAUACUUCCAAGUUCAUGACUCCAUACCUGGCCCACAGCCAGAAGAUGAUGGAGCAGUUCAGCCACAACAAGUACCGGCAUGCGUAUGACUUGUCCAGAGGCACUCCACCCGCCCUCACCACUGACACUCCUGAGCUGAUUCGCAUCAGAAAGGCCCAGGAGCAGCUGAGUGAGGUUAAAUAUCGCAUGGAGGGAAACAGGGCUCGGACUACAAGUCUGUACGAUGGGGAGGCCAGAGAGAUCGCCCACGUCAAGCAUGUUUCUGAACUGAUCAGCAAGGUUCUGUACAGACAGAAAUGGGACGAGACUAAGGACAAGUACCUGCUGCCUCCCGAUGCCCCCGAGCUUGUUCUGGCUGUGAAGAACGCUGCCAACUACAGCAAUAAACUGUACAAGGAAGCCUGGGAGGAGGAGAAGACCAUGUUCUGUCCCUACAGUGACAGUCCAGAGCUGCGCAGAGUGGCCAAAGCUCAGGAGGCUCUCAGUGAUAUUCAGUACAAGAAGGGUCACCAUGAGCGUAAGGCCAAGUAUACGUCUCUGGCUGAUCCUCCUGAGGUGGAGCUGGCCAGGAAAGUGGACCAGCAGCUCAGUGACCUUAAGUACAAGGAGGAUUACAAUAAAAAUGUGAAGGGUCAGUGGUGUGAGACGCCCUACUUUGAUGUGGCCACGGCCAGAGUGGCGAUGGACAAUUUCAGCAGUAGAAAAUACACGCAACAUCACGAGGACACGAAAGACCAAAUUUAUUUCAUGCAGACGGAUACGCCAGUUUACAACACAAACAAGAAGGCUCGUAUUGCUGCCAGUGAGGUCCAAUACAAGAAGGAAUACGAGAAAUCCAAAGCGCAGGCUGACUACAACACGCUCCCGGCCACUGAUAAUCCUCUCCUCAGACAACUACGUUACGCCGGAACUAUCCUCAGUGAUAAAGUAUAUAAGAAAAACUAUGAGAAAUCCCGGGGUUUUAGUAUCAACUACUGUGACACGCCCAAGUUUCAGAUGGACUCCGUACUUAAGAAGUUCACUGACAUGCAUUACAAAGAUAAGUAUAAUAGGGAGGUGAAGGGCCACUACGUUGGCAGCUAUGAGGACGUCUACAUGCUCCACUGUCAGCAGGUCGAGCAGAUGAAGAACGAGCAUCAAUAUAAAGCCGACUAUGAAGACAUGAAAACGAGAUGCUUCUUCCCCCAAACGGUUACGCCUGAAUAUGAAGCGUCGAAGAAGCUUCAAGGCUGUAGUGAUACAGUUUACCGACAACAUCCGGACAAAGUGAAAUUUACACAGGUGGUGGAUUCUCCAGUUCAGGUUCAAGCUGCCAUCAACGCCCAGCAGCUCAGUGACUUGAACUACAAGGCAAAGUAUGAGGAGUCAAAGGUCAAGUACAGUUUGCCCCCAGACUACCCCUUCUUCCUCCAGUCCAGAGCAAACGCGUUUAACCUCAGUGAUAACUGUUAUAAAUACAAUUGGGAGAAAGACAAGGCGAAAAAGUUCGAGGUUAAGGGCGACGCCAUCUCGAUCCUCGCAGCUCGUGCUCACACCAACAUCGCCAGUGAUGUUAAAUAUAAAAAGGAGCAUGAGAAGAACAAGGGGAAGAUGGUGGGAGCUCUGAGCAUCAACGACGACCCCAAGAUCUUACACUCUGUUCACGUGGCCAAAAUCCAGAGUGAUCGUGAAUAUAAGAAGGAUUAUGAAAAGGUGAAGACCAAGUACCACACACCACUGGAUAUGGUCUCCGUCACCUUGGCUAAGAAAUCCCAGGCCAUCGCCAGCAUGGCCGGAUACAGAAAGAUCAGCCCCAACUUCUUCCUCCCCCACGACAGUGUUCUGCUGGACCUGGCCAAGAAAGCCAACAUCAUCCAGAGUGACAAUGAGUACAAGGCCGACUACAACGCCUACACCAAAGGUUCCUCUUGGGUCCCCUACGGUUCCUUGGAGGUGGAGAAGGUGAAGAAAGCAGGAGAGAUUCUGAGUGAGAGAAAAUACAGACAACAUCCAGACACGAUCCCCUUCACAUCGAUUGACGAUCACCCCGUCAUGCUGCAGUCCAAAGUCAACCAGCUGCAGAGGAGCGACCUGUUCUAUAAGAGCGGUUUGGAGGAGAUUCAUCAGAAAUACUCUCUGCCUCCCGAUACUCCUGAGCUCCUUCAGGCCAAAUGCAACUCCUACAACAUCAGCAAGAACAACUACAAGCACGCCUGGGAGGAAACUAUCGCUAAAGGUUACGACCUGAAGCCUGACGCCAUCUCCGUGAUCGCUGCUAAAGCCGCCAGACACGCCGCGAGUGACGUGCAAUACAAAAAGGCCUACGAGAAGGCCAGAGGCCACCACGUCGGCUUCCGCAGCCUCCAGGACGAUCCUCUGCUGGUUCACUACAUGCACGUGGCCAAGAUGCAGAGUGAGAAGAACUACAAGAAGGACUACCACAAGGCCAAGCUGAAGUACCACACCCCAGUGGACAUGGUGAGUCUGGCUCACGCCAAACACGCCUCAUCGGUGCAGACCUACGCUGGAUACAAGCAGCAUCACCACAAAUACUUCCUCCUGCCUGACGCUAUCGGACUGCAACUGGCUCGCAACAUGAACUACAACGCCAGUGAUUACAACUAUAAACUGGAUUACGAGACCACAUGCAAGGGAAUUGGCUGGGUUCCCAUCGGUUCCCUGGAUGUGGAAAAGGCCAAAACGGCAGGUGCAGCUCUGGAUGAGAGAAAGUACCGUCAGCACCCGAGCACCCUGAAAUUCACCAGUCCCACUGACUCCAUGAGCAUGGAGCUAGCCAAGACCAAUUCCAAGAUCAUGGACAUGAAAGAGUAUAAAUCCAGUGGAGAGAAGUUCAUGCACACCUACCAUCUCCCUGCUGAUGUCCCCGAACUGAUACAGGCCAAAUACAACGCUGUCAACAUCAGCCAGAAUUACUACAAAUAUGAACAUCGUCAGGAUCUGCUCAAAGGACAUCACGUGAAGGAAGAUGCUAUUUCUAUUGUUGCAGCAAGACAGUCCAGAGACAUUGCCAGCAAUUACAAGUACAAGUUGGCUUACGAGAAGGCCAGAGGCCACCACGUUGGCUUCCGCAGCCUCCAGGACGAUCCUCUGCUGGUUCACUACAUGCACGUGGCCAAGAUUCAGAGCGACGGGAACUACAAGAAAGACUACCACAAGUCCAAGCUGAAGUACCACACCCCGGUGGACAUGCUGAGUGUGGUCCAGGCCAAGCAGGCCUCUGCUGUUCAGACGAUGACUGGAUACAAGAAGGUCCCUCACAGCUACAUGCUCCUGCCCGACAAUCUGCACCUGCGACGCUGUCGCAACAUGAUGGACAUUCAGAGUGAUAAUAACUACAAGUCCGAUUACACCAACUAUUGCAGAGGAAUAGGUUGGGUUCCCCUUGGUUCUGUGGAUGUUGAGAAUGCUAAGGCUGCUACCGCUGCCAUGGACGAACGGAACUACCGCAAACAUCCCAGUACUUUUAAAUUCACCAGCAAGACGGACGACAUGAACAUGGUUCUGGCUCUGAGCAACUCAAAGCAGAUGAACAACACUGCAUACAAGGCCUCUGGUGAGAAGUUUGUGCACACUUAUCAUCUGCCCGCUGACAGUCCCGAGUUCCUCCAGGCUAAAUUCAAUGCCCAAACCCUCAGCGAGAGUCACUACAAGCAGCAGUGGCUGGAGCAUAUUGCCAAAGGAUACGACAUGAAGCCCGAUGCUAUUUCUGUCCUGCACGCCAAGCACGGCAGACAUAUUGCCAGCAAUGUCCAGUACAAGAAAGAGUACGAGAAGGCCAGAGGCCACCACGUCGGCUUCCGCAGCCUCCAGGACGAUCCUCUGCUUGUUCACUACAUGCAUGUGGCCAAGAUUCAGAGCGACGGGAACUACAAGAAGGACUACCACAAGUCUAAGCUGAAGUACCACACCCCGGUGGACAUGCUGAGUGUGGUCCAGGCCAAGCAGGCCUCUGCUGUUCAGACGAUGACUGGAUACAAGAAGGUCCCUCACAGCUACAUGCUCCUGCCCGACAACCUGCACCUGCAGCGCUGUCGCAACAUGAACAUCCACGCCAGUGAGUGUGAUUACAAGUCUGAGUGGAACAACUACAUCAGAGGCAUUGGAUGGGUUCCUAUUGGCUCAAUCGGGGUUGAGACUGCCAAAUUAGGCGGUCAGAUUCUGAGCGAACACAAGUACCGAACUCAUCCAGCCACCUUCAAGUCCAGCAAGCUGAUGGACUCCAUGGACUUGACUCUGGCUACUGCCAACAACAAGAUCAUGAACAAGAAAGCCUACACUGCAGCUUGGGAGAAGGACAAAACGACAGUCCACAUCAUGCCAGACUCUCCAGAGAUCGUCCUGGCCAAGGCUAAUGCCCUCACUAUGAGCAAUAAACUUUACAAAGCUGGCCUGGUGGAGAUGGCCAACAAGGGCCACCACCUCAAAGAAGAUGCUGUCUCAGUUCUGGCUGCCAGAUCUGCCACUAAUAUUGCCAGUAACUACAAGUACAAGUUGGCUUACGAGAAGGCCAGAGGCCACCACGUCGGCUUCCGCAGCCUCCAGGACGAUCCUCUGCUGGUUCACUACAUGCAUGUGGCCAAGAUUCAGAGCGACGGAAACUACAAGAAGGACUACCACAAGUCUAAGCUGAAGUACCACACCCCAGUGGACAUGCUAAGUGUGGUCCAGGCCAAGCAGUCCUCUGCUGUUCAGACUAUGACUGGAUACAAGAAGGUCCCUCACAGCUACAUGCUCCUGCCCGACAACCUGCACCUGCAGCGCUGUCGCAACAUGAACAUCCACGCCAGUGACUGUGAUUACAAGUCUGAGUGGAACAACUACAUCAGAGGCAUUGGAUGGGUUCCCAUUGGCUCAAUCGGGGUUGAGACUGCCAAAUUAGGCGGUCAGAUUCUGAGCGAACACAAGUACCGCACUCAUCCAGCCACCUUUAAGUCCAGCAAGCUGAUGGACUCCAUGGACUUGACUCUGGCUACUGCCAACAACAAGAUCAUGAACAAGAAAGCCUACACUGCAGCUUGGGAGAAGGACAAAACGACAGUCCACGUCAUGCCAGACUCUCCCGAGAUCGUCCUGGCCAAGGCUAAUGCCCUCACUAUGAGCAAUAAACUCUACAAAGCCGGUGUGGUGGCGAUGGCAAACAAGGGCUACAACCUCAAAGCAGACGCUGUCUCAAUUCUUGCCGCCAAGUCUGGUACCACUAUUGCCAGCGAUUACAAGUACAAGUUGGCUUACGAGAAGGCCAGAGGCCACCACGUUGGCUACCGCAGCAUCCAGGACGAUCCUCUGCUGGUUCACUACAUGCACGUGGCCAAGAUGCAGAGUGAGAAGAACUACAAGAAGGACUACCACAAGUCCAAGCUGAAGUACCACACCCCGGUGGACAUGGUGAGUGUGGUCCACGCCAAGCAGGCCACUGCUGUUCAGACGAUGACUGGAUACAAGAAGCUUAUCACCCACUGCACCAUGCUGCCGGACGCCAUGAACCUGCAACUGGCUCGUAACAUGCAGUUCAUCGCCAGUGAUAAUCAGUACAAGAGCGAUUAUGACACCUACAUGAAAGGAAUCGGAUGGGUCCCCAUCGGUUCGUUCGAUGUUGAGAAAGCAAAAAUAGGUGGUCAGAUCCUCAGUGAGCAUCGGUACCGCCAGCAUCCAUACAACCUGAAAUUCACCAAGGACAUGCACUCCAUGGAUCUGGUCCUGGCCACUGCCAACAACCACAUCAUGGACAAGCAAUCUUACACCAAAGCCUGGGACGCAGACAAGACUUCAAUCCACAUCAUGCCCGAUGCAAUGGGCAUCGUUUUGGCCAGAGACAACAAGAAAAACUUCAGUGAGAAACUGUACAAAUUGGACAAUGAGCUGGCCAAGAAGAAGGGCCAUCAUGUCGGUGCUGAUGCUAUUGCUGUCAAGGCUGCCAAGUUAUCCACUGUUAUUGCUAGUGAUUACAAGUACAAGACAGGUUACCGUAAGCAGGUGGGUCACCACAUCGGCGCUCGCAGCGUCCAGGACGACCCUCUGCUCAUGCUGGCUCUGAACUCGGCCAAGAUCGCCAGUGACGCCCUGUACAAGAAGGACUUCAACAAGUCCAAGACUAGGUUCCACCUGCCCGUGGACAUGCUGACGCUGGAGCUGGCCAAGAAAUGCCAGAAGCAAGUCAACGACUUCAACUACAGGACUCACCUGCACAACUGGACCUGCCUGCCGGACUCCACCGACGUGGUCCAGGCCAGACAUGCCUAUGACAUACAGAGCGAUAAUGUUUACAAGGAGGACCUGAAGUGCAUGCAGGGUAUCGGAUGGGUGCCUAUAGGUUCACUGGACGUGGAGAAGGUGAAGAAAGCCGGUGAGGCCCUGAACGAGCAAAAGUAUCGUCAUCAUCCGAGCAGCUACAAGUUCAAACUCACCACUGAAGACAUGCCCAUGGUUCUGGCCAAGGCCAACGCUGAUGUUAUGAACAAGAAAGCGUAUAUCAAAGACUGGGAGAAGGACAAGACCACCAUCCACAUCAUGCCUGAUGCUAUUGAUAUUAUGCUGGCUAAAGCAAACAAAGCCAACUACAGCUUGAAAAUGUACAAGCAGGCACAUGAAGAUGCCAAGAAGAAGGGAUAUGACCUGCGUAAUGAUGCCGUUUCCGUUAUUGCAGCCAGGGCUUCCAGAGACAUCGCCAGCGAUUACAAGUACAAGACGGGUUACCGUAAGCAGGUGGGUCACCACAUCGGCGCUCGCUGCGUCCAGGACGACCCUCUGCUCAUGCUGGCUCUGAACUCGGCCAAGAUCGCCAGUGACGCCCUGUACAAGAAGGACUUCAACAAGUCCAAGACCAGGUUCCACCUGCCCGUGGACAUGCUGACGCUGGAGCUGGCCAAGAAAUGCCAGAAGCAAGUCAACGACUUCAACUACAGGACUCACCUGCACAGCUGGACCUGCCUGCCGGACUCCAACGACGUGGUCCAGGCCAGGAAAGCCUACGAUCUCCAGAGCGAUAACAUUUACAAGGAGGACCUGAAGUGCAUGCAGGGUAUCGGAUGGGUGCCUAUAGGUUCACUUGACGUGGAGAAGGCAAAGAAAGCCGGUGAGGUCCUGAACGAGCAAAAGUAUCGUCAGCGUCCGAGCAACUACAAGUUCAAACUCACCACUGAAGACAUGCCCAUGGUUCUGGCCAAGGCCAACGCUCAGACUAUGAACAAGAAAUCGUACACUGAAGCCUGGGACAACGACAAGACAAAGAUCCACAUCAUGCCGGACGCCAUGGACGUUCUCCUCGCCAAAGCUAACAAUUACAACUUCAGUCUGAAAAGGUACAAACAGGAUCACGAGGACGCGAAGAAGAAGGGCUACGACCUGCGUAACGACGCCGUGUCCAUCCUCGCAGCCAGAGCCUCCAGAGACAUCGCCAGCGACUACAAGUACAAGACAGGUUACCGUAAGCAGGUGGGUCACCACAUCGGCGCCCGCUGCGUGGAGGACGACCCCCUGCUCGUGCUGGCCCUCAACUCGGCAAAGAUCGCCAGCGACGCCCUGUAUAAGAAGGACUUCAACAAGUCCAAGACCAAGUACAACCUGCCGGCCGACAUGCUGACGCUGGAGCUGGCCAAGAAAUGCCAGAUCCAAGUCAAUGACUUCAACUACAGGACUCACCUGCACCAGUGGACCUGUCUGCCAGACUCCAAUGAUGUGGUCCAGGCCAGGAAGGCUUAUGACCUGCAGAGCGACAACAUUUACAAGGACGACCUGAGGUACAUGCAGGGUGUCGGAUGGGUGCCUAUAGGUUCACUGGACGUGGAGAAGGCGAAGAAAGCCGGUGAGGUCCUGAACGAGAGAAAGUAUCGUCAGCAUCCGAGCAACUACAAUUUCAAACUCACCACCGAGGACAUGCCCAUGGUUCUGGCCAAGGCCAAUGCCCAGACUAUGAACAAGAAAUCCUACAUUGAAGCCUGGGACAAUGAGAAGAUGAAGAUCCACGUCAUGCCCGACGCCAUGGACGUUGUUCUCGCCAAAGCCAACAGUUACAACUUCAGUCUGAAAAGGUACAAACAGGCUAAUGAGGACGCUAAGAAGAAGGGCUACGACCUGCGCAACGACGCCGUGUCCGUCCGUGCAGCCAAAGCCUCCAGAGACAUCGCCAGUGAUUACAAGUACAAGACAGGAUACCGUAAGCAGGUGGGUCACCACAUCGGCGCCCGCUGCGUCCAGGACGACCCUCUGCUCGUGUUGGCCCUCAACUCUGCCAAGAUCGCCAGUGACGCUCUGUACAAGAAGGACUUCAACAAGUCCAAGACUAGGUUCCACCUGCCCGUUGACAUGCUGACGCUGGAGCUGGCCAAGAAAUGCCAGAAGCAAGUCAACGACUUCAACUACAGGACUCACCUGCACAACUGGACCUGCCUGCCGGACUCCAACGACGUGGUCCAGGCCAGGAAAGCCUACGAUCUCCAGAGCGAUGCCGUCUACAAAGCUGACCUGAAGUGGCUCCAGGGCAUCGGCUGGGUCCCCAUCGGCUCGAUCGAUGUGGAGAAAGCCAAGAAGGCUGGGGAGGCCCUGAACGAGAGGAAAUACCGCCAGCACCCUAGCACCCUUCCCUUCACCAGCCCCAUCGAUGCCUUGAACAUCGUUCUGGCAAAGAAUAACGCCUUGACCGUCAACAAGCGUCUCUACACCGAAGCUUGGGACAAGGACAAGACCACUCUGCACAUCCAACCUGACACUCCUGAGAUCGUCCUCUCUCAGCAGAACGCUAUCAACAUGAGCAAGAAAUUAUACAGGCAAGGAUAUGAAGAGACGAUCAGUAAGGGCUACUUCCUCCCUCCGGAUUCAGUGUCUGUCAAGGCUGCUAAGGCCUCCAGGGACAUCGUCAGCGACUACAAGUACAAACAGGGAUACCGUAAGCAGCUUGGCCACCACAUCGGAGCUCGCUGCGUCCAGGACGACCCCCUCUCCAUGUUGGCUCUUAACUCGGGCAGGAUCGCCAGUGACGUUCUGUACAAGAAGGAUUUCAACAAGUCCAAGACCAAGUACAACCUGCCGGCUGACAUGCUGACACUGGAGCUGGCCAAGAAAUGCCAGAUCCAAGUCAACGACUUCAACUACCGCACUUAUUUGCAUCAGUGGACCUGCCUGCCAGACUCCAACGACGUGGUCCAGGCCAGGAAAGCCUAUAAUCUCCAGAGUGAUGCUGUGUACAAAAUGGACAUGGAUGAGGUCGUAGGCGUGGGAUGGAUCCCCAUCGGUUCUCUGGACGUUCUGAAGGCUAAGCAUGCUGGGAAUAUUCUCAGCGAGCGUCUCUACAGGCUGACGCCAGAUAAACAGAAAUACACCACCGACAUGAGCUCCAUGCCCAUGGUCCUCGCCAAAACAAAUGCUGACAUCAUCAACAAGAGAAACUAUAUCGCUGCCUGGGAGGCUGAUAAGACCAAGACUAACUUACCCGCCGACAUACCUGAGAUUCUGCUCUCCAGAGCUAAUGCAUACAACAUCAGCCAGAAACUGUACAGGGAAGGUGUUGACCAGAUGUUCAGAAAGGGCCACCACCUCAUGGGUGACGCCGUUUCCGUUAUUGCUGCCAAACACGGAAGAAACAUCAUCAGCGACUACAAGUACAAGACAGGAUACCGCAGGCAGUUGGGCCACCACAUCGGCGCUCGCUGCGUGGAGGACGACCCUCUGAUCAUGUUGGCCAUGAACUCGGCCAAGAUCGCCAGUGACGCCCUAUACAAGAAGGACUUCAACAAGUCCAAGACCAAGUACAACCUGCCGGCUGACAUGCUGAACCUGGAACUGGCCAAGAAAUGCCAGAUCCAAGUCAACGACUUCAACUACAGGACUCGCCUGCACAACUGGACCUGCCUGCCGGACUCCACCGACGUGGUCCAGGCGAGAAAGGCUUACGACCUGCAGAGCGACGCUGUGUACAAGGCUGACAUGGAAUGGAUCAAGGGCUGCGGCUGGGUGCCGAUCGGGUCGGUCGACGUGGAGAAGGCGAAGAAAGCGGGCGAGAUCCUCAGCGAGAGGAAUUACCGUCAACCACCCUGCAACUUCAAGUUCACCGCCAAUACGUGCGACAUGCCCUAUGCUCUCGCUCAGGCCAACGCCCAGGUCAUGGACAAGAAAGCAUAUAUUGCCGCCUGGGAGGCUGAGAAGACCAAAAUUCAUGUCAUGCCGGACACUCCAGAGAUCGUCCUGGCCCAACAGAAUAGACUCAACACCAGUCAGAAAUAUUACCGUGAAGGUUUUGUGGAGGCCAUCAACAAAGGCUACUACCUGCCCAAAGAUGCAGUUUCUGUUUUGGCAGCCAAAGCCUCCAGAGAUAUCGUCAGCGAUUACAAAUACAAGGCUGGAUUCCGCAAGCAGUGCGGCCACCACAUCGGUGCCCUGAGCGUCCAGGACGACCCGCUGCUCGUGUUGGCCGCUCACGUGGCCAAGAUCUCCAGUGACAACGUCUACAAGAAGGACUUCAACAAGUCCAAGACCAAGUACAACCUGCCGCCAGACAUGCUCAACCUGGAGCUGGCCAAGAAGUGCCAGAAGCAAGUCAACGACUUCAACUACAGGACUUACCUGCACCAGUGGACCUGCCUGCCAGACUCCAGCGAUGUGGUCCAGGCCAGAAAGGUCUACGACUUGCAGAGUGAUAACGUGUACAAAGCUGAUCUGGAGUGGCUGAGGGGAUGCGGCUGGUCGCCCCAGGACUCCGUCGACGUGGUCAAAGCCAGAAACGCCCAGGCGAUCAUCAACGAAAGGCUCUACCGCCAACCCCCGAGCACCGUCAAGUUCACCAGCAUCGUGGACCUGCCCGAAAUCGUCCUGUCCAAGCAGAACACCGACAACCUCAGCGGCAGGAAAUACAGAGAAGCCUGGGACAAAGACAAGCUCAUCAUUCACAUGCCGACUGACACCCCCACCUUUGAGCUGUCCAAGGCUAAUUCUGUUAACAUCAGCAGUAAACUCUACACAAAGACGUGGGACGAGCAGAAGGCCCGGAGCUACAACGUCAAGGAGGAUGCUAUCUCUGUGCUAAAGGCUAGAGCUUCCAGAGAUAUCGCCAGCGAUUACAAGUACAAGACAGGAUACCGUAAGCAGGUGGGCCACCACAUCGGCGCCCGCUGCGUGGAGGACGACCCCCUGAUCAUGUUGGCCAUGAACUCGGCCAAGAUCGCCAGCGACGCCCUGUACAAGAAGGAUUUCAACAAGUCCAAGACCAAGUACAACUUGCCGGCCGACAUGCUGAACCUGGAGCUGGCCAAGAAAUGCCAGAUCCAAGUCAACGACUUCAACUACAGGACUCGCCUGCACCAGUGGACCUGUCUGCCGGACUCCACCGACGUGGUUCAGGCCAGAAAGGCCUACGACCUGCAGAGCGAUGCCGUGUACAAGGCCGACAUGGAGUGGAUACGUGGAUGUGGAUGGAUCCCUCACGAGAGUGUGGAUGUUAUAAAGGUGAAGAACGCACAGCUGGCCCUGGCUGAGAGAGGCUACCGUGUCAAGUUGGACGAACAGAAAUACACGGUUCCCACCGACAGAGUGGACAUGGUCUGUGCCAAGAACGCUGCCGCUGUCCUCAACGAGGCCAAAUAUCGCGAGGCCUGGCACGCGGACAAGACCAAGUACUCGCUGGUGGAAACUCCCACCAUCGUCACAGCCAGAGAGGUGGCUAAGAACAUUCACCCGAAACUUUACACCAAAGCCUGGGACCAGGUGAAAGCCACAGGUUACUUCAUGCCCGGAGACGCUGUGCCCAUCAAGCACUGCACCUCGUCCACUAAAGUGCAGAGUCAACACAAGUACCUGGAGAGUUACCGUAAGCAGGUGGGUCACCACAUCGGCGCCCGCUGCGUGGAGGACGACCCCCUGAUCAUGUUGGCCAUGAACUCGGCCAAGAUCGCCAGCGACGCCCUGUACAAGAAGGACUUCAACAAGUCCAAGACCAAGUACAACCUGCCGCCUGACAUGCUGAACCUGGAACUGGCCAAGAAAUGCCAGAUCCAAGUCAACGACUUCAACUACAGGACCCGCCUGCACCAGUGGACCUGUCUGCCCGACCAGAACGACGUCAUCCAGGCCCGCAAGGCCUACGAGCUUCAGAGCGACAAUGUGUACAAGGCCGACAUGGAAUGGCUCCGUGGCUGCGGCUGGCACGCGGCCGACUCUGUCGACCACGUGAAGGUCAGAAGGGCCCAGCAGAUUAUCAACGAGAGAAUGUACAAGAAGGGAGCCACAGACGCCUUCAGCAACUUCACCCUGGUCGUCGACCGCCCUGAACUCCUCCAGGCAAAGGUCAACGCUGCCAACCUCAGUGAUCUGAAGUACAAGGAGACGUUUAAUCUGGAGAAGGGUCACUACAUCGGCUCAAAUGAUACUCCACAGCUGGCUCACAGCAGAGAAGUGGCAAAGCUCACCAGUGAUAAACUCUACAAAGAACAAUGGGAUGUUUCUAAAGCUUCAGGCUACACACUGGACCACGAGUACAUCCCACUGCUCAGCGGCAAGAAGGGCAGAGACAUCGCCAGUGACGUCAGAUACAAGGACAUUCAUGAGAAGUCCAAAGGUCACUACAUGGCUGGAACCCUGGUGGAUUUCCCUGAUGUCAUGCGCUGUGGAACACAGGAGAAGAACAAGGGACUGAGACUCUACCAGAAGGACUAUCACGGCAGCAAGACCAAGGUCCACAUCCCGUCUGACGUCAUCGCCAACAAGGUUGCGAAACGGUGCCAGGACAUGCUGAGCGACGUCCUCUACCGCACCUACCUGCACCAGUGGACCUGUCCUCCUGAACAGAAUGAGGCCGUCCGUGCUCGCAAGAACAACGAGAUUUUCAGCGAUGUGUUCUACAAGGAAGACCUGAACUGGAUUAAGGGAAUCGGUUGCUAUGCGUGGGACACGCCGGAGAUCCUUCGUGCCAAGAAAUCCUACGAGCUGCAGAGCGACCUGAAGUACAGAACAGACGCCAAGAAAGAGUUCAACAAUUACUCCAUCGUGACGGACACUCCUGUGUAUGUGACUGCUAUUCUGGGCUCCACCUGGGCCAGUGAGCUCAACUACAGGGAGGCUUAUCACAAGGAGAAGCACCUGUACACCACCGUCCUGGACACCGCCGACUACGUCCGCUGCCACAACUUCAAGCAGAUCUUCAGCAAUAAAAACUACACGGCUGUUUGGGACAAGAUCAAAGACAAGAGCUACCAGAUUCCACACGACUCCAACGCCCUGCAGCACGCCAAACAACAGAAGAUCAUCCUGAGCAACGUCAAGUACAAGGAGGAUUACGAGAAGUUCAAAACCCUCUACAGUCUGCCCAAGUCUCUGGAGGAGGAUCCUGCAACUGCUCGCUGUGUCAGAGCCGGAAAGUUGGUCCUUGAUCGUCUGUACAGGGAGAACUAUGAGAAGACCAAGGCCAAGAACCACAUCCCACCAGACAUGCUGGAGAUCCUGUCCGCCCACAAGACCCAGUCUGCCGUCAGCGAGAUCAACUACCGCAAGUACCUGCAUCAGUGGCUGUGUCUGCCUGAGCUGCGGGAGUACGUGCAGGCCCGCAAGGUCAACGAGCAGCUCAGCGACGUCUUCUACAAGGACGACCUGAACUGGAUUAAGGGAAUCGGCUGCUACGCCUGGGACACGCCGGAGAUCCUGCGCGUCAAAUACGCCGGGGACAUUCGCAGCGAGGCUAAGUACAGAGCUAAAGGCGUUGAAGGUUUCAAGGACUUCUCCGUGGUCACAGACACACCGGUGUACGAGACGGCCAAACAGAACGCUCAGAACCUCAGUGAUCUGCACUACCGCUACGACUACCACGCCAACAUCAAGGGCACAAACACUGCUCCUGCUGUUACCGUGGAAACGGAGAGGGCACGUCUGGCUAACGAAAUCCAGAGUGAUAAAUUGUACAAAGACGCCAACAAGAAGAACAUGCCGACCGGUUACUCGCUGCCCCACGACACGCCGCUCAUCAAGCAGGUUAAACUCAACAGCCACAUCUCCAGCAACGUGAAGUACAAGGAGGCCUAUGAGAUGAUGAAGGCCAGAGCUUACACUCUUCAUCCAGAGGGAGUCAACUUUGUUGGCGCAAGGAAAGCUCACAAGAUCAUCAACGAGCGUCUGUACCGUGAGGAGUAUCACAAGAACAAGGACAAGAUCCACACAACCUACGACACCCCCGAUAUCAAACAAGUCAAGAUGAACCAGUCUCACCUCAGCGACUUGUGGUACCAUGAGAAAUACAACAACAGCAAAGGUCAGCUCAUCUCUCUGCCUAUCACACCUCAACUGUUGCACUGCCACCACGUCAACGAGAUCACCAGCGAGCUGAAAUACAAAGAGGAUCUGAUGUGGCUGAGAGGCGUCGGCUGCUUCCUGUACAACACUCCAGAGAUGGCCCGCAUCCGUGAGGUCACCAAAUUCAAGGAGAACUAUCCACUGGAGGCCAAGAAGAACCUCAGCAACUUCUCAGUGGUCCUGGACACUCCAGAGUACAAGCGUGUGACGGAGCUCAAGACUCACAUCAGCAACCUGAUCUACAAAGCACAGAGCAGAGAGGAAAUGGCAAAGGUCUCCACUCCUGCAGACGCCGUGGAGUUCAAGAGAGCCAAAUGGGCUCAGAAGCUGACGAACAAGUACCAGUACACAGACCUGGCUACCAAGGAGAGAGCUCAUUUCACUCCGGAGGUGGAAACUCCACACAUGCGUCACGCCAGACAUAUUAAAGUGGUCUACAGUGACAACAAGUACAAGGAUCAGUAUGAGAAGAUGAAGCACAGGUACACUGCCAUCGCUGAUACUCCUAAUCUGAUCCGUGCUAAGAAAUCCUACCUCCAGUCCAGUGAUCUGCGCUACAAAGAGACCUUCCAGCUGACCAAGGGCCACUACCGCACAGUGAAGGACGCUCUGAACAUCGUCUACCACCGCAGAGUCACUGAUGACAUCAGUGAGGUUAAAUACAGGGAGAAGUACAUCAGCACUCUGGGAACAUGGAAGUCCAUCCCCGAUCGUCCCGAGCUCUUCUUCAACAGAAUCGUCAAUGAGAACGUUAGCACUGUCAAGUACAAGGAAGACCUGGAGUGGCUGAGAGGAAUCGGCUGCUACGUGUGGGACACACCUGAUCUGCUGCACGCCGAGCAGAACAAGAAACUCUACAGCGACCGACUGUACAGAUCGUCCUUCGAGAAGAACAGAGGCAACUUCAAAUACACCUGCGACUCUCCGUUCUUCAACACUGCCAAGAAUGCCUCCGUCCUCAUUAACGAUAAACUGUAUAAAACCAGAGCAAAGGAUCUGCUAAAGAGUGGCUGCAAUGAACUGCGCCGCCCCGAGAUCCUCACCGCCCUUUAUCAGUCCGUUAUGGGCAGUAAGUGGAGGUACAGGGAGCAGUAUGAACGCGCCAAGGACAAGUUCACCUCCGUCCUGGAGACUCCGCUGUACGAGACCCAGAAACGCAGCAAGAAGAUCGGCGACAUUAUCUACAAGAUGGAGUACAACAAGACCAAGGCCAAGGGCUACACCCUGCCUUACGACACGCCGCACCAGCAGCUCAUGAAGAAGGUCAAGGACAUGACCAGCAUUAUGAAGUACAGAGAGGUGUACGAGAAGAGCAAGGCUCAGAUCAACAUUGACCCGGAGGCUCGUGACAUUCGUGCUGCCAAGGACGCCUACAAGAACAUCAGCAACCUGGACUACAAGAGAAAGUACGAGGCCACCAAGAGCAAGUGGAACUGGACGACAGAGAGACCCGACUUCAUUAACGCUGCCAAGAACUCGAUGCAGCAGAGCGAUGUUGAGUACAAGUACGACAGAGAGAUGAUGAAGGGCUGUGUGAUUCCUGUGGUUGACGACAAACUCACCCUCCUGUGCUUGAAGAACAAUGAAAUGGCCAGUGUGGUGAAAUACAAAGAGAAGUAUGAGAAGGGAAAGGGUCACUACGUGCCUGUCAAGGACACUCCUCAAAUCCUGCACGCCAAGGCUGUGAAAACUCUUUCUUCAGAGAGCAAAUACAAGGCGGCCAGUAAGAAGGACAUGCAGUCUGGCUCCUUCACCACGCUGCCUGAGACUCGCGACACAGCCCACAGCAAGCAGAUCAACAAGCUCGUCAGCAAGAAUGUGUACAAAUCAAAGCAUGACAAGGAGAGGGGCAAGUCAGAGUACAACAACAUGACCGUCCCACCUGAUGUGCAGCACGCCAUGGACGUGGCCAAGUCCCAGAGCACCAUUGCCUAUAAGAAGAAUGCAAGGGCCGGCCUGCACUACACCUCUGUAGUGGACCGUCCUGACAUAAGGAAGGCUACACAGGCUGCCAAACUCAUCAGUGGGAUCGGAUACCGUGACAAGGCCCGCGAGGAGGCGAGCCGUGGAGGUUCUCUGACCUACCGCCCAGACAUCGCUCUGGCCACUGAGGUGUCCAAGCUGACCAGUGAGGUGGAGGCCAAGCCCUCCCCCCAUGGAGUCGCUUCCUAUGAUACGCCACAGAUGCGCCACAUUAAGAAAAUGAGUGCCUUGACAAGUGAUUUGAAGUACAAGGAGAAGUUUGACAAGGAGAUGAAAGGAAAGAGGCCCAAGUUUGACCUGAAGGAAAGUAAGAUUUACAAGACGAUGAAGGACGCCAAUGACCUGGCCAGUGAGGUGAAGUACAAGGGUGACCUGAAGAAGCUCCACAAGCCUGUGACUGACAUGGCCGAGUCUCUGUCCAUGCAGCACGUCCUGAGCACCAGCAAACUGUCCAGCGACUACCGCUACAAGAAGAAGUUUGAGGAGAGUAAGGGUCACUACCAUAUGAUUACCGACACACCUGAACAGCUUCACCACAAGGAGGCGUCUGAACUCCAGAGUAACGUUAAAUACAAGGAGAAGUAUGAGAAGGAGAGGGGCAAACCAAUGCUGGACUUUGAGACGCCCACGUAUGUGACCGCCAAGGAGGCUCAGCACAUGCAGAGUCAGAAAGACUAUAAGAAGGACUUUGAGGAGAACAUGAGGGGCAAGAACCUCUCAGGGCUGGAAGUCACUCCUGCCAUGUUACAUGUCAGACACGCCACCAAAAUAUGCAGUGAGAAAGAGUACAGGAGGGAUCUAGAAGAGGGGGUGAAGGGUAAAGGGCUAACUGCACUGGAGGAAACUCCGGAGCGUUUGAGAGCAAGGAAUGCAACUCAAAUCCUGUGUGAGAGAGAGUACAAGAAGUCACUGGAGCAGGAGAUCAAGGGCAAGGGAAUGUUGGCAUUGGCUACGGACACUCCAGACUUCAUGAGAGCCAGGAACGCCACUGACAUCCUCAGCCAGUCUAAGUACAAGCACACCGCUGAGAUGGACAGAGCCAAUUACACCAGCGUCAUCGACACUCCGGACAUCAUCCACGCUCAGCAGAUGAGGAACAUCAUCAGCCAGAAAAAGUACAGAGAGGAGGCCGAGAAGACCAUGUCUCACUACGUGCCAGUGCUGGACACUCCGGAGAUGCUGAGAGUCCGCGAAAACCAGAAGAACUUCAGCACUCAUCAAUACCAGAUUGACCUUAAAAACAUAAAGGGCAAAGUGUCUGCUGUAACGGACACUCCCGAAAUGCAGCGCGUUAAAGAGAAUACAAAGAAUUUCAGCUUGAUUCAGUACAAAGAGGAUUUGGGCGGAGGAACUUCUUUACCCGAGACGCCCGAGAUGGAGCGAGUUAAACGCAACCAGCGCAACGUUAGCACGAUUCAGUACAAGGAGUCUGUGGGUCGAGGUACAGACAUACCAGAUCUCCCUGAGGUGAAGCGGGUCAAAGAAACCCAGAAGAAUAUCAGCUCGAUUCAGUACAAAGAGUCUGUGGGUCGAGGCACAGACAUACCAGAUCUCCCUGAGGUGAAGCGGGUCAAAGAAACCCAGAAGAAUAUCAGCUCGAUUCAGUACAAGGAGUCUGUGGGUCGAGGCACAGACAUACCAGAUCUCCCCGAAGUGAAGCGGGUCAAAGAAACCCAGAAGAAUAUCAGCUCGAUUCAGUACAAGGAGUCUGUGGGUCGAGGCACAGACAUACCAGAUCUCCCUGAGAUGAAGCGGGUUAAAGAAAGUCAGAAGAAUAUCAGCUCGAUUCAGUACAAGGAGUCUGUGGGUCGAGGCACAGACAUACCAGAUCUCCCUGAGGUGAAGCGGGUCAAAGAAACCCAGAAGAAUAUCAGCUCGCUUCAGUACAAAGAAGGCGUGGGACAAGGCACGUCUGUGUCGGAGACGCCAGAGAUGGAGCGAGUUAAACGCAAUCAGCAAAAUAUUAGCACGAUAAAAUACAAGGACUCUUUGGGUCGAGCCACAGCCAUACCGGACCUUCCCGAAGUGAGGCGGGUCAGAGAGACCCAGAAGCACAUCAGCUCGGUUUUGUAUAAAGACAGUUCUGCCAAGGGAACUCCUGUGGUGUACACUCCAGAGAUGGAGCGAGUCAAAAGGAACCAAGAGAACAUUAGCUCGGUGCUGUACUCCGACAGCUUCCGUAAGCAGGUGCAGGGCAAAGCGUCCUUCGUUCUGGACACGCCCGAAAUGAGGCGUGUCAGGGAGACGCAGCGCAUCAUCUCCGGAGUGAGAUACCACGAGGACUUUGAGAAAACCAAGGGCAGCUUCACUCCCAUCACCUCUGACCCCGUGUCUGAGCGCGUGAAGAAAAUCACCCACGACUACAGCGACAUCAACUACCGCGGCAUCCAGAGGCGCGUGGUGGAGAUGGAGAGGAGGCGCGCCAUCGAGCACGACCAGGAGACCACCACUGAUCUGCGUGUGUGGCGCACAAACCCCGGCUCUGUGUUUGACUACGACCCUGCUGAAGACAACAUCCAGUCCAGGAGUCUGCACAUGAUGUCAGUGCAAGCUCAGCGCCGCAGCAAAGAGCACUCCCGCUCCACCAGCGCUCUGAGCGGCGGGGCCGAUGAAAAGUCUGAGAUGUCCCAGGACGCGACCCAGCACAUGUCCCUCUACAGCAACGGCUUCAUGGCCUCAUCUAUGGCAGGUUACCAACAGCAGGUGAAGACUGUGGAGUUGCAGCAGAGGUCAUCAUCUGUGGCCACUCAGCAGACCACGGUCUCCUCCAUCCCCUCACACCCCUCCACCACCGGGAAAACAGUGCGUGCCAUGUACGACUACGCGGCCGCCGACAACGACGAGGUGUCCUUCAGGGACAGUGACGUCAUCGUCAACGUGCAGUCCAUCGACGAGGGCUGGAUGUACGGCACCGUGCAGCGCACCGGCAAGACCGGCAUGCUGCCCGCCAACUACGUCGAGGCCAUUUAAAGACGGAAAGAUCCUGAGCCCGCCCACUGCCACACGCCGCGGUGGGCGUGACACACCCACGGGUCAAAAACCAACCCUGUGGUCACAACUGCGGCUUUGUGCAAUGUGUAGCUUUUAGUUUCUCGUAGCUCUUAUUUAAAGUGUGUUGUCUUUGUUGUUGUUGGUAAAUCUGGUGUCGCUCUGACUCUGCUGCCCCCUGCUGCCUGUGGAUGUGACAUACAGUUUAUGUACUUCUGAUUAUACAGACUACGCCCACGAAACGUUACGUCUAACUGCUCUAGGACGUUUCCGUCUUAGAGAAGUCGGAGUGCUAACGCCAACGUCCUCAGCCACUAUUUUGUAAAUUUCAAAGAUAUUUAAAUAUAUAUGAUUUUGUCCUGAAAAAGAGAGAGAGAGAAAGAGCCGUAGUGGCUCUAACGAUGAUGAAACUGAGUGAGUUGACAGCUACCUCCUCCACGAUUGAAACCACGCCCUCCUCGAGUUGUACGAGACGAGCCUCAGCCUUCCCUCCUCUACACUGAAGGCUGGCCACUAGUAGAACGUGUGUGUUUUGUUCCCUCCGAUGAUUUAGGUUUUGGGUUGAACGUACGUCCUCUACCUUUGAUCAGUAGCUAAUAAAGCACACCAAGCUCCUGCA